AUGAAGAACGAACGCUGGGAGGCCUAUAAGCCUGAAAUCAAGCGUCUGUAUAUAACAGAGGGAAAAUCCAAGGAAAAGGUCAUGAAAACCAUGGAAUUAACCCAUGGAUUCGUCGCUUCGAGCAUUCAAAUUGGGCUCCGCCGGAAUGCAUACGAGUCAAAGAUACAAAGCCUCCAGUUAGCAUCUCUACCCUCGACACCCGAGGGAGUCAUUGUAUGCUCUCCUGCACCGCCUUGUGAUCUGGGGCUUCAGUGGCCUGAAGACCUUCCUUGGUUCUCAUUUUUACGCCAACUCUCGAUUCUUGAUGUCAAAUUUGACUCAACGCCCUCUAUUCAAAAGAGUUGGACACUCGGAUCUAUUGGAUAUGAAAGUGAUCCAUUUCGCACAUCAAUCCCUUUUGAUUUGAGCUUAGCACUCGACCCUCUUCAAGGUCACGUUUAUCGGGCCGUUGCGCCGUUGAGAACUAUCAUGCCAGUUGAAGAGCGUGAAGGACAGCACGAAGCCACGGCACAAUCUCUACAGACCGCUUCCCCUUUCUCCGAACUUCCUGUUGCUCUCUAUAUGUUCUCGAACAACAUACAACUUAUCAGCUAUUCCGACGAAAGAUUUCCCCUCCCAUUUCACACAAGACGGAGCGAGUUCCGGGUUCUGCGCGAUAUUCUGCAAGAAUGCAAACUCGACGACGCAAAGAACAUGAGAAAUCUUCUCGCUUUCAAAGACCUGACAGCUGAAGUCAUUGCUCACAAAAUCUUCAGAGCCUCGAUAGAGAUACGUGACAAAGAGAUGGUACGGAUUAUGCUAGAAGCCGGGAUGUGUCCAAAUACACCACUUCUCAUUGACAACUUCCGUGGCACCGCCCUGCAGUAUGUUUCUGGAAUUUUUCCUCCCGAGACUGCAUGUGAUCUGGCCAACAUAUUGCUUUCACAUGGGGCAUCUACUGAGCCCAUGAAUGCUGAAGAAACACCCCUUACAAGAGCCAUCGAAUAUAACAACACCGCAUUAUUUAAGCUGUUGGUCGCCCACGGAGCAAUCCCUUCCUCACAGGCUCUUCGUAUGGCGGCCAGCCGCAAAAGUUGGGUGAAAAUCAUUAUUGAUUAUUUCGAGAUGCUUUAUAAUGCUGGAUUCGAUCUUAGCAGCACCACUGUCGAUGGGAAAACACUUCUUGGUAUCUCGAAAGAUGUCGUGCUCACCAAAUGGCUUAUUGACCACGGCUGUGAUGUGAAUGCCCCACAAAUCUGCGAGUUACAAAACGACUCUUACGAUUGGGUCAAUCAUAUUACCAGUCCACUAGGAAUUGCUGCAGCUGAUGGAAAAUUGGCGAUUAUGCAGGUCUUGUUGAAAGCUGGCGCAAAUAUCGAUCUACCUCUUGGUCUGAGCGGAUCUGUCUCUCCGUUGGUUCUGGCGGUGUACAGCAGCGAUAUAAAAUCGACACAGUUUCUCCUUGAUGCCGGGGCAGACGUAAUAUCUGCCGAUCAGUUCAAAAUGCUUCAUGAAACCGUGAGAAAGACUCUUAUACAAAGAGCCUGGCAUAGACAAGACCUGUGUCUGGCUCUCCUACUCUCGGGUGCGUACGCUAGCCGUGGUGAAAGACUGAGUAUACUUGAUUUGCCCAUGAUUGAAGCAGUCAAAGCCAGUGAUUCAGAUAUGGCCUCCUACCUGAUUUCUCUUGGGGCACCAGUCAAUCCCAUUGUCAUGGGAUCUUCAUUGAGUGCUAUCGCAUUGGCAAUAAUGAAUGGAGCCAUUGGGGUAAUCUCGUUGUUGAAAGAUUCAGGCGUCUCGAUCAGUGACCUAUUUGUACCUUCAGUAGGCGGUAUCCGGACCGCUGAGUACUUGAAAUCUGCAGGGUGGCUUCCCGAGAUCUUGCGAUUGAACGGGGCUCGAAUUCUGGCCACAGCCAUAGGUAGACACGACGAAACUCUCGCUUCAUUCCUUAUUGGACAAGGAGUUGGCCAUGAUGAUUCUAAUUCUAUGGUGCCAACUCUCGAUUUACCAGAGAAAGAGUUAAGGCCUAUUGAAUCUGCAAUAUACGAAGAUGAUAUUUCACUGGCACAAUUGCUCAUUUCCCAUGGCUCUCACGUCAACGAAUCGGACAUCAACAUGAUUGUUUCGAAAGCCGUGCAGAAAGAUAGCAAAUCUCCCUUUAUGGAUUUGCUAAGCAUACUAGAAGAGACAAAGAGCUCGUGGAGCUUUUUUUUGGAUCCUGAAACGCUGAGGAAAGUGGCCCCUCUUUACAUCGGGCGACGUGGAGAACGAGUGCUGCUUGAAGCAAUUAAGUCAAAUGACCUGAAGCUUGUGAAAAUGAUUCUCGGAGCAGAAAUUGGACUACAUCAUCGGCCUAGCCCAGAUGAAGUUUUUUUACCUGAUGAUGCCCUCUCCCUGGCGGUCAAUGAAAGUUCCUGUGAAAUCAUCUCCGAGCUUUUAACGAUAACUGGUGCAGAUGUCAAUAGGCGAUCAAAUCAGUAUGGAAGAGCCCUGCCAGUUGCCAUUAGAAAAAAGAAGCAUUCCCUCAUUAAAUUGCUAAUUGAAAACGGUGCAAAUGUCAAUAUUGAAUCAGAACUGAACGAGAGGGCUUUGCAAGUUGCUGUCGAUCAGAAUGACUUUUUUCUCGUGAAGACUCUGGUCGAAAAAGGUGCAGAUAUCAAUGCGCAAUCAAACUUUCACGAGACGGUCCUACAUCGCGCUCUUCUUCGUGAAUAUUCCUCGAUUGCAGAAUUAUUGAUUGAAAAUGGUGCAGAUGCCAACAUACAAUCGGACUUUUAUGGGACAGCCUUCCAUAUUGCUGCUAAUUUACGAAAUUAUUCUGUUGCAACGAUUCUGAUUGAUAAGGGUGCAAAUGUGAACAUGCGAUUCGAUUCCGGUGGUGGGGUCUUGCAUAUGGCCGUUAAGGAGGAAGACCAUCGGCUCGUAAAGUUUUUGAUUGAGAACGGCGCAGAUGUCAACUUGCAAUCAGAUUAUGGCGAAACGGUCUUGCAGACUGCUGCUACCCAAAUGGACUACCUUCUUGUGGAACUCUUGAUUGAAAGUGGCGCGGAUGUUGAUAUUCAAUCAGAUCGUGAUGGAACACUCUUGCAGGAUGCCAUUCAUCGACAAGAUUAUCACCUUGCAAAAAUCUUGAUCGAAGGCGGUGCAUAUCUCCAUGAUCCUCCUAAUCCAGAAUUUGGAAAUUCACCUUUACAAAUGGCUUCCGAACAAGGACACACUGAUUUAGUGAGCCUCCUCCUUCAGAAAGGGGCUGAUCCCAACCAAAGCCCUUUAUAUGAUUCCGGGGCAACGGCAUUGCAAUUCGCCGCAAUCAAGGGGUUCUCCGAAAUUGUGCACAAGUUGAUUGAGGCUGGAGCAGCUGUUGACGCACCGGGGUCUAUACUCUAUGGAAGAACGGCAAUUGAAGGGGCAGCAGAAUGGGGUCAAAUCAACAUAUUGUAUUUUCUUAUCAAGCAGGGUUCAUCUCCUACUGGCCCAAAUCGACGGCAGUACCUCAGAGCUGUGAACCUGGCUGAGAAACAGGGACACUAUCCCAUAGUGAGAUUCCUGAAAGACUGGAUCAGAUGGACGGACUCUGAUGAGCGCAACUAUGUAUUGGAAGUUUUUGACGAGGAGGAAGCGAGGCUCAUAGAGUACGACGAGGAUGAUGAAGAUGAAGAUUAUGAAGGUUAUGAAGGUCUCUAG